GCCAAAAAAUCGAUUCACAGAAGAAUCUAGAUUCUCAUUUGCAACGAUUCAGAAUCGAUCUGAAAUGUCCAAGAAUCGAUUUAAUAAAUUAUUAAAAUAAGCUGGCUGUUCCCCUCCAUUUUGUAACAAGCCUAUACGCGACGUCCGUACGUCACUCACCACGCAGCCAGUUUUGAACGCGGGCGGCAUCACUAAAACAGAGAAGAAGCAAACAUGGAUGAGAGGGAGAUCCAACCAGCCCCGUCUUCACUUAAAGCAAAAAUUUGGCGUCAUUUCGGUUUUUACCGAAUGCCUGGAAGCACGGCGCUGGACAUGACACACACAGUGUGCAAGCUUUGCAAAAUGAAGACCAAAUACUUCGGCAGCACAACAAAUGCACGGGCUCAUAUUACUAGGCAUCACCCGGAGGUCAGCGAAACGGAGCAGAGUCAGCCGCCAGCAGCAGACCAACGCACACUGCAGUUUUACACAAAACUCCCUGCCAACUCCGAGAGGGCAAAAAAAUAACUCGGUCUAUCGCCUGCUUUAUCGCCAAAGACCUAAGGCCUUACAGUGUGGUGGAGAACGAGGGGUUCGUCUGCAUGUUACAGACAGCGGAGCCGAGGUACGUCAUACCAUCCCGCAAGUUUUUCACGGAGUCAGCUGUGCCACAGCUUUACAAUGAGACUAAAAGAAAGGUCGCAACUGCCCUAACCGAAAUGACCAGAGUGGCACUAACAUGUGAUGCAUGGACAUCAAGAGCAACCAAGUCUUUUGUGACAUUCACCGCUCACUACAUAACUGAUAAGUGGGUGCUCGAAUCCCGUGUUUUGCAAACUCGUGAGAUGCACGAGAGCCAUACAGCCUAAAUGUCAAUGCCAUGUUUCACUCCGUUGCUAAUGAAUGGGAGCUGACGAUCUCGGAUUUGGUGAUUGUGACUGAUAAUGCUGCCAACAUGCUCGCCGCUGCACAGAUUGACAACUUAGCACACAUCACAUGUUUUGCCCAUACUCUCAACCUGGCUGCACAACGAGCUCUGAAGCUCAACACGGUGUCACGACUGCUUGGGAGGAUCAGGCGAAUUACUGGUUUCUUUCACCGCAGCGCCAUUGCAAAUCAUGAACUGCUGGAAAAGCAGAAACUUCUGCAGUUACCGGAGCACAAACUGAAAACGGAUGUCACUACACGCUGGAACAAUGCGCUGGACAUGAUAGAACGAUUCCUAGACCAGCAGCCUGCUAUUUGUGCCGCGCUGCUCUACCCCCAGGUGAGAAAAUCUGGAAGUGACAUCUGCACACUCAGCGAAACCGACAUCUCCACGGCUGAGGAAAUAGCAUCAGCGCUAAAACCAAUGAAAGACGCAACCCUCAUAAUGUCAGAGGAUUCUACGCCUACACUCUCAGUUGUUGCUCCUUUACAUUCUCAAUUGCUACACGACACAGAUGCAGCUGGCGUUGCUGCUGCUGACACACCAGUUAUUCUGGAAAUCAAACUGGCAAUCCACGAUGAUCUGGCGAAAAGAUACAGUUCUGCACGGGAUAAGCGCAUGCUGUACUCUGCUUCGUUUUUGGACCCCAGAUUCAAGGCCCUGCCUUUCCUCACUGAGGAUGACCAGCUGGACAUCCAUGCAAAUGUAGUUUCAGAGGCUGCAGCACUUGAGAGACAAGUGAACUCAGAAGAGGCUGAGGUUGAGUCUGAGACACCACAGCAAGAAGAAGGCCCUGCUCCAAAAAGAAGGCCCUCUGCACUGACCACACUAUUGGGCAAGACAUUUACUGAGGUCAGUGUUGUCCGUAGAUCUAGCACCUCCAGAGCAGAAGAGGAACUGAAGAAGUAUCUUGAAGCCCCUCCCCUUUCUCUGUCAGAGAACCCGCUCAGCUGGUGGAGGACCCAUCAGACAGCUUUUCCUCUCUUAGCUGGACUGGCUAAGCGAUACUUGUGUAUCCCUGGCACUAGCGUUGCAGCUGAAAGGGUUUUCUCCACCGCUGGAGAUAUAGUGACAGCACAGCGAAGCAGUCUCACUCCUGCACAUGUUGAUCAGCUUCUUUUCCUACAAAAGAACCUGAAUGUUGCAUCUGCAUAACCUUAGACACAGUUCAUGUCCAGUUUUUUUCAUGAUUUGUUGAAAAUCAUACAAUCAGUUGCUGUUGCACAGUUUACAGUUCUAUUGUUGCAAAAGACACUGUGAACAUUUCAGAGACAGGUAGCUUACGGGUACUAUUUUUCAUUUUGAAAGAAGCACUUUAUUUUCAUAACUUGUUAUUUUUUAAGUUACUUUGACUGAGAAAUAUUGAUUUUUUUUGUCUUUACCAGUUGUGUUCUAUUGUUGCAAAAAACACUGUCAUGAACAUUUCAGAGACAGGUAGCUUACGGGUACUAUUUUUUUCAUUUUGAAAGAAGCACUUUAUUUUCAUAACAUGUUAUUCUUUAAGUUACUUUGACAGAGAAAUAUAGAUUUUUUUGUCUUUACCGGUUGUGUUCUACAUGAUAUUUGUGGUAAACUGCAACUUUCUUGGAAAAAGCAUCUAUUUUCAACCAUUUUGUAUUUUGAAGAAGCACUUUAUUUUUGUUCCAACUUAUUUUACAGCUAGCUACAAAUGAGUAGCAAUUGAGAACCAGACAAUGUUUUUGCACUUUCCUGAGAAUUGAACCUAAUAAAUGUGAAAAAGACACUUUAAUGUCUUCGUUUGUCAUUCUGUAUAGCAAAGCAGAUGAGAGUAGAUCACGAUCAGAAACCCGAUUAGAAAUCAUUAUGGAUAAAAUCGAAUCUUUUGAAUCGAAAAUCUUUUUGAAUCGAAAAUCGAUUAUGAAUCGAAUCGGGGCCUCAAGAAUCGGAAUAGAAUUGAAUCGUGAGAUGGUAAG